CAUAGCGACAAGCCAAGUGUAGGGCGCGGCAGGACACAAGCGUCUUUCGUGCGGGGGACCUUGAACCUGGGCGCACACGCUGGCCACCCACGGGGCACCUCACACGCUCUUUUUGCAUUAUUGGGGAGGUUCCUUGAGCAUCCUGCCUCACAUACGUUGCAUAGUAAGUAUACUAAAAGACCCAGGUUCUAUAAACACGCCAUAAGACCUAGCAGCGCGCGGUUCUUGCUGCUUUGCAAUUGCCGACCAGCGCAACACCUCCAUUUCGGCGACACCAGAAACUCUCCGAAUCCAUCAACUUCUGGAUUGGUAGAAUGGCAUUAGCCUCGGGGAAUCGGCUGGGGUCCGCGCGCGGACAGACGUGCGCGGAUGCCUCUGGACGCGUUGCCCCUCGCUUGCUUUCCCGGGCUUGCAGCGGCUCACCAUUGGCGUUGGGAGUUCUCGCGUGUCUCGGUGCGGCAUCAAGCGUCAAGCCACACCCGCGCCUGCCCGCCACCACCUCCGCCGCGUCAGCACCGCUGCCUGCUCGUGGGCCUGCGCCCUGCGCUGCCGUGCCGACGGUGGUGACGCCCGACAACGCCACGGGCGUGUUUGAGGAGCUGGCCGCGGGGCAGCAGCGCAAGUACAUCAUGAUCAGCGGCAAGGGCGGCGUGGGCAAGACCAGCCUGUCCGCCUCCCUGGCCGUGAAGCUGGCGGCGGCGGGUCACACCACCCUGGUGGUGUCCACCGACCCCGCCCACUCCCUCAGCGACUCACUGGCUCAGGACGUGAGCGGCGGCAGGCCUGUGCUGCUGCAGGGGACCGAUCUGCCGCUCUGGGGUCUGGAGAUCGACCCUGAGGAGGCCAAGCGCGAGUUCUUUGAGGGCAGCGGCGCGGGCCAGGACGGCGAGGCGGGGGGGCCCAGCGCGGCGUCGCAGGUCAGCGACUUCAUGAACCGCAUGGGCAUGGGCUUUGUCAUCGACCAGCUCAAGGAACUGAAGCUGGGCGAGCUGCUCAACACGCCGCCGCCAGGCCUGGAUGAGGCGGUGGCCAUUGCCAAGGUGGUCCAGUUCGUGCAGGCGGCCGAGUACGCCCGCUUCAGCCGCAUCGUGUUCGACACCGCCCCCACUGGCCACACGCUGCGCCUGCUGGCGCUGCCCGACUUUGUGGAUGCGUCGCUGGCCAAGGUUAUCCGGCUGCGCAAGAAGCUCAACGGCGCCACCUCCGUCGUGCGCGGCCUGUUCGGAGCGGGCGAGAGCCAGGACGAGGCGGUUGAGAAGCUGGAGCUGCUGCAGCAGCGUGUCCGCAUGGUGAAGGCGCUGUUCCGCGACAAGACCCAGACCGAGUUCAUCAUCGCCACAAUCCCCACCUACCUGGGAGUCAACGAGAGCAGCAGGCUGCUGCAAGCGCUGCGGGCCGAGCAAAUCCCCUGCAAGCGCAUCAUCGUGAACCAGAUCGUGGGACCGCAGCAGGGUGACGCCUACCUGCGCAUGAAGAUGAAGGACCAGAUUGCGGCGCUGGAGAUGGUGGCGAACGACCCAGGGCUGAGGCCCCUGCGCAAGGUUAUUGCGCCCAUGGUGGACGUGGAGGUUCGCGGCGUGCCCGCACUGUCCUACUUUGGCAACGUGGUGUGGAAGGAUGUGUACGACCAGAUGAACCAGGGCGCCGACCGCAAGUUCUUCCUGCUGGGCGGCAAGGGCGGCGUGGGCAAGACCAGCUGCUCCUCAUCGCUGGCGGUCCACUUCGCCAACGACGGCCUGCCCACCCUGGUGGUGUCCACCGACCCCGCCCAUUCCCUGAGCGACGCAUUCGACCAGGACCUGUCCGGCGGCAGCCCCGUCAAGAUCACCUCGCCGCUGGGUGACGAGCUGCCGCUGUGGGGCCUGCAGCUGGACCCCGAGCAGGCCAAGGCGGAGCUGCGGGCGGUGCUUGCGGACGACGGCGGCAAGAAGCUGAACGAGACGCUGGACGGUCUUGGCCUGGGUGUGAUCAGCGACCAGCUCAAGGACCUGCAGCUGGGCGAGCUGCUGGACACGCCGCCGCCCGGCGUGGACGAGGCCAUUGCCAUCGCCAAGGUGGUCCAGUUCCUCAAGGCCCCCGAGUACUCGCACUUCAAGCGCAUCGUGUUCGACACCGCCCCCACUGGCCACACCCUGCGCCUGCUGUCGUUGCCCGACUUCCUAGACGCCUCCAUCGGCAAGCUGGUGCGGCUGCGCCAGAAGCUGUCCGCCGCGACCUCGGCCGUGAAGAACCUGUUCAGCGGCGGCCAGCCGGGAGAGGAGGACGUAGCGGUGAAGCGCCUGGAGGCGCUGCAGGCGAGCAUGGAGGACGCCAAGGCGAUGUUCCGCAACCAGCAGACCACCGAGUUCAUCAUUGUCACCAUUCCCACCGUCAUGGCCACAGCUGAGAGCUGCAGGCUGGCGUCGGCGCUGCAGCACGAAGGCAUCCCGCUCAAAACCAUCAUCGUCAACCAGGUGGUGCAGGCCAACGCAACAGACAAGUUCCUGACCGCACGCCGAGCAGACCAGGCCCGCGCGCUGCACCACCUGGAGGAGGACACGGGCCCGGACGGCCUGGCGUCGCUGCAG